AUGGAGCUGCUGGCGUUCUCCCCAAGCGAUGACUACACAACAGACUCAGUAGAAGACAUGAACGUCGCUGUCACCGGUUCGGGCGAAGACACGGAUGUCGCACCUUCCGCCGACGAGAACACUUCUACUACAAACAAUGGUACUGCAUGUUUUGCGUUGUAUUCGAAUAGUGGUAGUUCUGGAGUGAUUGCCGCGGUAGACGAUGGUCAAGAUUCUGAUUCAUCUUUGGAGUAUGAAAAUGCAGCUGAUGGAACUGGUCCGUUUAGCACAUCCACUAUUGCUAUUCAGAAUAAAGUCCAAUAUAUCAGUGUCGGUCACUACGAUGCAGAGGAGAUGGCAGAGCGGAGCUUAGAUCAGCUGAAUCAUUUCGAUUACAGCUAUAAGACGCGAUACGCGUCAAUGUUUCGCGUUGGAAAAGCGUUUGAGUGCCGCGCGCACAAAGGUUAUCAUCAUCGAGUCAAGCUAAUCACCCUUCCAGCUAGUGAAGCCGGGGGAAAAUACCAGGUUCUACAGAAAGGAGAACAUGCUGGAACUGUAGUUAAUCUCGCAAUUGAGGGCAUUUCACGGAUUUUAAAACCGGAAGUGGAUGCACUGCUCAAGCUCGGUAUGACCGCAGGUCGGGUGAGGAACAUGCUGCUUUAUAAGUAUCUGAGAUAUCCUGCCAUGCUCGCACGGGUGCCAGAAACGAAGAAAAUGGAAAACAGGAAAGCCUAUUUGAAGCGACUGUCGGGGGAUGGAUGGGAGAUCACUAAAAUCGUGGCAUUAACAAACUGGACAGCGGGAAAGUUAUGUCAAAGUCGAGUUGAAUUUUAUCGAGUCGAUGAAACGAAUGGGGCAUACUUGAACGAGCUUAUCGUCUUAGACGGGUUCGAGCAUUUAGUCACUAGCGUGCAGUACAUGACCAAGGCGACAGCUUGGUGGUAUCUACGGACGGCACCUACAGAAUGCAUUUCGAUGAUUGGACCCUUGUAG